AUGGCGCAGAGCCGAAGUCCUGGUGCCCUCAUCCGCAGGCUGUCCAGAGGCGCCAGCAACAAGCUUCGCCGUCGAGCCUCUACCCAGCACGGCCUGCGGUUGGCGCGCGAUGGCAGUGCCGGUCCGCUCCUCACCCGACGUCGUAGCGACAGCAAUGGCGGAUUGGAGCUUGGCCACGAUGUCUCGGAUCUCGAGUUGGACAGUACUACUGAUGAUUUGCCGGAAGAGCCAUCCUUUCUGCAGCCAUCUUCCUUUCGGCAAAAUGGUUUAGGCAUUAGUCUAUCUCGGCCAAGUGAUGCAUCUGCGCAUUUUGAAGGAGGAUUGGCGGCAGCCGACUCAUCGACCCUACAAGUGGGCACUGACUUGAUCAAACUAACGGCAAAACGCAAGAAGAAGGUUAGAUUUUGGCUUGACUCUACGACGGCAAGAGUGUGUUGGUACGGCAAGGCUACCACCAAGUCAUUCGGUCUUGACGAUGUGCUUGAGGUACGCAAAGGCAUUGACUCCCGAAACGCCCGGGACGAUGUGCAGGUGUCGCAUGACGAUGAGCAGCGCCUGGUAACGAUGGUGUAUGCCGAUGAUCGGACCAAAGGCCGAAGCACGAAAACAUUGCACCUCCUUGUGCCUGACAGGCAUAUCAUGGAUCUAUGGGUGAAUGCGGUCAACCAGGUCGCUGCAGAGCGCACAGCUUGCAUGAAAGCAUUAUCGAUCUCCACCGAGAAGAGUGAGAAGGGUAUGAGCCUACUAUGGCGUCAAGCGAUGCAACUCAAGGCGCAGGAUGCUGAAGAAGCAUUCACCUUAGAAGACGCUAGGCGCUUUUGUAAGCAACUUCAGAUAAACUGCACCAGCCGUACAGUGGAGUCGCACUUUCACAAGGCGGACGCGGAUCGCAAAGGCGCGCUUAGCUACGCGCAGUACCGCACCUUUGUGCAGUCUUUCAAAGACCGCAAAGACAUCGAGCGCCUCCACAAGAACCUCAAGCAUGGCUUGGAAUCCGACCUGGAGCUUGAUGAGUUCCUGGACUUUUUGCGGAUCGAUCAGAUGGUCGACGUUGAUCAUGAUCGCGCCUGUUGGGAAGGCAUCUUUGACAGAUACGCACGCCCAGCGCAGACCCGCCCUGUCCUACCGGAUGCUGAGCCCAGCCCUUAUUCGAAGACUAUGAGCGCGCAAGGCCUCCAAAACUUUCUGACAUCGUCGCAUAAUCCUGCGCUUGUACCGAGCAAAGCUGAAGCGACGCUCGAUCAGCCACUCAACAACUACUUCAUCUCCAGCAGCCACAACACAUACCUCCUCGGCAACCAAGUCCGGGGGACGUCGAGCGUGGAAGGCUACAUUGACGCACUUAUUGGCGGUUGCCGCUGUGUCGAGAUUGACUGCUGGGAUGGUGAAAACGGCCGGCCAAUGGUCACUCACGGCCGUACCAUGACAACGAAGGUGCCGUUCGAGGACUGCAUCUCUGUCAUCGCUAAAUACGCCUUUCACAGCUCACCAUAUCCACUCAUUAUAUCACUUGAAGUUCACUGCAACGCAGAACAGCAGUCAGCAAUGGUGGACAUGAUGGAGAGCUACUUCCAAGAUGUGAUGGUGACCGAGCCAAUCAUGCCGAACACUACGAGCCUGCCGUCUCCGGAGGAGCUCAAGGGCAGGAUUCUGAUCAAGGUCAAGGCUUCUGAUGAUGAGAACCAGGCGCAGUUCAUGAACGACGCGUCGAAUGGUCGCAGCCGCGCUCGUAGCCUGAGUUCGGCUCUUUACCGCGCGCCCUCGAUGGAGAAGUUCAACUCACCCUCAGUUGUCUCGAGUCCGAGCGCAAGAAGCCCAUCUGAAGGCGGCGUGGCCUCAGUAUCAACGCCACGCGGCUCAACAACCUCUGGUCCUUCUAUGACGCCGACCAGCUCGGCGGAGGAAAGUGAUGAGGGUUCUGUGUCGGCGCCGAAAAGUGCGCCGUCACGCACCAGCAAGAUCGUCCCCAGACUUGGUCGCCUUGGCAUAUAUACUCAGGGAAUGAGCUUCCCAAAGCCAUGGGGUUUCGACGACCCAAAGCUGAGGGCGUACAACCACAUCCUCUCCUUCUCCGAGGACACUUUCCAGACGCACUGCAAGAAGGAAGCUGGAGAGAAGCAAGCUCUUGCGAAGCACAACGUCAACUAUCUUAUGCGUGUCUAUCCAGGGAGGCUGCGAAUCUGGUCAACCAACUUCAACCCUCUUUCAGCAUGGCGUCGCGGUGUGCAAAUGGCGGCUCUGAACUGGCAAACAUACGACGUACAUCAACAAGUCAAUCGUGCAAUGUUUUCUGCUGGCACCGAUUGUCUCGGAUACGUGCUAAAGCCGGAGGAGCUCCGCCACCCUAAGCACUUGCCCAUCGCGGACACAAUGGCGGAAGCUCAGGGAAAGAAGGACAAGAAGAACAAGAAGCUGGUGCGCUUCGGCGUGGAAAUCAUUUCUGCGCAAAGACUGCCGCGUCCGCGUGAUGCCAACCUUGAUGCGGGCAUGAACCCGUAUAUCGAGUUCGAACUGUACGCUGCCGACGACAAAGCACAGGGCAACGCAAUCGGCAAGGGUGGUACGGAUGCUUCAGCGCCAGAUGGCAGCUCCGGCGUCGGUCAGCCUCUGCGUAAGCGAACCAAGAUAGUCAUGGGCAAUGGCUUCGAUCCUUCUUUUGAUGAGCCAAUGACCAUGUCCGUCGUUACGAAGCAUCCCAGCCUCAUCUUCGUGCGCUGGACGGUUUGGCACCAGUCUGAGGGCCGCAAGCCCGCAUCACCGAGUAACGUCCAGCUUGCCACCUUCACCGCCAAGCUUAGCUCGCUCCAGCAGGGCUAUCGACAUCUUCCACUGUACAACCCUCAGGGUGAAAAGUAUCAGGAGGCCAAACUAUUCGUUAAAAUAAAAAAGAUGGCUCCGGUAUCGGCGCACGACGACAAUGGUGCUUACGCCAGCGAGAUCGAAAGACUCUUGGCCUCGGAAGCUCUUCACCCGAACGUCCAGUGA